ACCAUCGUAUUGUCGCGUUAUCAUCAUCGUACUGUCGCGUUAUCACCAUCGUACUAUCGUGUUAUCACCAUCGUACUGUCGCGUUAUCAUUAUCGCACCAUCGCCUUCCGGUGCGCAUGCGCAUGCUCAAAAUUAGAAGAUCUUCCAGUACAGCAGUACAAAUGGACGAGUUUAUAAAAUCUCAUUUUAACAGAGGCUAUGUCUACAAGGAAAUACUUGUUUUAUUAAAAUCGGAUAUGGGUGUAGAUAUAAGCAUUCGUCAGCUUAAGAGGCAUUUAAACAGAUUGAACUUAAGGAGACGAAGCGUGUGGGGUGUUGAAGAGGUUCAAAAUGCUAUACAGAGUGAACUCUGUGGCAGCGGACGCAAUCUUGGCUGUCGUUCGAUGUCUCAAAGAUUACGGUCUCGACACGGAAUGUCUGUGGGAAGAAACAUGGUUCUUCAUCAGAUGAGAUUGUUGGAUCCAGAGGGUGUUGAAGCCAGACGCAGACAUAGACUCAUUAGAAGAAUAUAUCGCAACAAAGGUCCAAACUUUUUAGUUCACAUGGAUGGAUAUGACAAGAUAAAGCGCUAUGGGCUGGCAAUACAUGGUGCCAUAGAUGGGUACUCCCGGAGAGUUUUAUGGUUAAAAGUGAAUAGAACAAAUAAUGACCCUAAGGUGGUGGCAUCAUAUUUCCUCGAGUUUGUAACAGAAGCAAAAGGUAUAGAUAUAGUUUAA